AGUUCAUGUUUGAAGCGAGCGGGGCGAAGACGCUCGCAUCGCGUUAAUUACACUAGUUAUUGUUAUAAAAUAACAUAUUUGGACUGCGUUUCACGCAUCCGGACAUUUUGUAGAGUGCAAUAAUGUAUUUAAAGAGAAAAAGACACGAUUAUCGGAGUGUUAUAUUAUAGCGCUAGUUUUUUUGUGCCGAGUUCGGAAUACAUCGCUUGCUUUUAAAAAGAUGCACAGUAACGAGGCGCCGCCCCCGGCGACGGGGACGGGGCUCCUGCUGCAGCUGGGCCGGCUGAUAGUUCGCGCGAGGAGCUCCAGUCCUUCGCCCCGACGCGUGGACGCUCGGCCCUCCAGCAGCAGCCAGCAGGUGAACACGCAACCCAAGUCAACGACGGAUGAGAUUAAGCCCGGUGUGGAAGCGCAGCUCAACAACCAUGUACAGGCCUUGUGGAAAGAACAGAUACCGAUUUGCAUUGAGGUCCUCUUAGCGCCGGAGUGUCAGGAAUGUUACGCGUCAAUCAGCCGUAUGGAGGAGGAGGGCCGCUUCGACAAGCUGCCUUCGCAGCACAGGGCGUUGCUGUUGGAGCGCUGGACUGUGCGACCCAUCGCUAACAAAAACCACGACAACCUGGCAGCAAUCACCCCCCACUGGCUUCUGAACGCGGUUCGCUCGCAACUCCACUUCUCACAGCUGUCGGCCUGGCGGGCCACCAUCAAGACUAAUGACGACAAACCUGCUGAGAGGAGGAGAAAACUGAGCCGCGAAACGUGCAACUUUAAGAAAAUAGAAGCGAACUGCGACGACUCGGAUCUCGACGAGCGCAAGCUGAACAUCGUUUACUCCAUCAAGAUACCCGGCGAGAGCUACAAGAUGGCCGACUUUACGCGCCCGCCCACCGACCACCAGUUUCCCGUCACUGAUAUCGGCGACAACGUGUACCUCAAAGUGCUUCUACAGACUCUGCCGAGGCUGGACGAUAUCCCCAUAGUCAAAUGUACCUGCAAACGACGAGCCAGUAAGGAGGUGCCCCCGAACGUCCACGAGGAACUAGUGGGCAAGCUCAGCGAUCUCACCUUGGGACCAAGGAACGCCAAAUAUCCGACCGACGCUAUCAAUUCCAAUAUAGGACCGAGCAACCGAAGACUUUCAAUCAUAUCGAACACAGGCACCAGCGAAUACGUUUACACGAUGGACAAGGACAAGAAAAUACUCGACGACCGAAUGCUGACCCCUUGCAGCGAGAGCGGCAAGCACAAGUGCAACUGUGACGAAGAAUCCGACGACCGUAGCGCCAGCCGAUCCCCAACCAGCCCCACCGAAGCCAAGAAACUGGAUGACCGCAGGACCAAGGAGAUAGCCAAAUACAAACGCCGCCUGAGAAAGGAGAGCAAGCUCAAAAAGCUGUGCGACAGCACUUCCUCAGAGGGCGACGGUCUCAAGGCUAAAGAAACACACACCUCCAUACCAAUCUUACAAGCAGCCAGAUUCGAUAGAUUUAGAGCUAUAGGCUGUUUUAGGAACCAAACAUAUUUGACACUACCCGCCAGUCGAAUAGAAAGCAGAUCACCCUUCACCGAAACAUUGAGUAUACAACCGACUGAGUUCAGACGUACUAAUACAGUUGCGACACAGACUGAGGAUAUAGUCUGCAAUUGUGGCAAUAAUAUGGAACUGAAAUGCAUCACUUGUCUGGAAAGAGGCAUGGUGCGCUCCGAAGGAAAUUAUAAUUUGGCGUCGAUAGAAAAUGGUGAAAGCAAAACAAGAAUGGCAAUGGAUAACGGACAACAUGGCACGAGGUCUGCAAUGGCUAACGGUGAUGCAAGUGUUGAGAAUGGACACAGAAUGGAUAACGGGGAUGAUCGUGCAAAACUGUCGAUGGAAAAUUGGGAGAAUGGGGCGAGACGGAAAUGUGAGGACGACGGGAAACAGUUGAAAAAGCUAAAAUGUGAUAAUAGCGUUAAACAGUGUGAUAAUAUAAGUUUAGAUACUAGUGAUAAGUGUGAAAUAAUAAAACGACCGAAAUUGAAACGCUUUCCGAUAACAGACCGUAUUGAGAAGGUGAUAAGUGAUAGAUUCGCGCAAAACAACGAUAUAGAGCAGCUCAAUCUACUCGAAGACGACACAGUUUUCUUGACGCCAAAAACAGAAGUGAAAAGGCAGAAGACGUAUUCGGUUGGAGAGGACUAUGUGUUGUUCGAAAAAUGUGAUUACGGUACCUUCGAUAAGUGCGAAGUGGAAUCUCCUAAAGAUGAUGCGGACCAGAAAGGCUUCGGCCAGAAGUUUCCAGAACACAAAAAAACUGGACAGGAUAACCAAGUGCCUUCGCCAACAGAAAUGGAUAGGUUUCGCUGGAGGUUUGACUCUGCGGCGUCCAUGGUGUUCCACAGCAAGAGUGGGUUGCCGCUGACCUCGAGCCCCGCGCCUUUACGCCGGGGGAACAAUUGCUUUGACUUCGAUGACUCCAUUAAUGGCGUAUCUGGUAUAAAGAGUGCCCUGUUCCACCCGAUCUCCCCGCCAUCGCCUGUGCCUGCCUCGCCCGUAUCUCCCGCGCGGCAAACCCCCCCACCCCGGAAAACAACCCCCCACAACAAACUGCGCAUGGGGCCCAGCACUGGGCUACUUGGUAGUUUCGAGGAGUCAGCACUCAAAGGUCGCCUAGAGCCCGUAGCUACAGUGCACGGUUUCACUGCCGAACUUGGCGCCUCCGGUGCCUUCUGUCCCCCGCACAGACGUCUACCUGUAACUGUGUUCUUCUACGCGCCCGGUGGUACCAAUGCUCCUUAUAUGGGUCACAUAAACCUGGGCUCUAGCGGCUACAGGGUGUCCCGCUCCGGCACCAUCCAGGUGUCGCUGUUCAACCCGCACGGCACGCUGGUGAAGAUGUUCGUCGUGUUGUACGACCUGACGAGCAUGCCGCCCGCCGCGCGUACUUUCCUGCGCCAGCGCACGCUGUACAUGCCAGCGCGUGCGGAGGCGCCGCAGCCGCACCACAUGCACAAGUGGCUGCGGUACCUCAUACACCUUAGGUUUAUGACGUCGAAGUCCGGCAAGCUGUAUUUGCACACUGACAUUCGAAUCCUGGUCUCCCGCAAGGCCGACUUGGACACAGCCACGGCACAUUCCGCCUUAUUCCGCCCCGUAUCGACCAAUCAAAGCGAAGACGUCGCGGUCGCGUCAUCCUCCAAUCAAAACACAGACACAGGCGAAAAAAAUAAACUUGCCAAUCAGAAACCCGGAAUUUCAACCAAUCGCUCGCCAAACCGCGUUUUCGGUGGUUGUAGCGACUUUGAUCAAGAAAUUAAGAAUGAAAUGCGCGAAUUCGGAUACGAGAAUCAAAAUGGCGUCUCUUAUGAACUGAGGAGUUUCACUUACGCGCCAGAGAAUCCUAAAUAUUCACCUCGAUAAUAUACGGUCAGUUUAAUGGACAAAGUGUGGUCGUUUUUUAGUGCCUGUCGGUGUAUGUAUUGAUUUUUUGUGUUAAAAAUAUAUGUAUGUACUAAUGAAAAGAAUAUAUUUUUGGUUUUUAUAUA